AUGAACAGAGGCGGUGGAGGAGGCGGACGCAAGGUCCUUUUACCCCCCAUCAACUUCAUCUUCAAGCUCCUGCAGCAACGCUCGACGGUCCAAAUAUGGUUAUACGAGCAGCUGGCAAUCAGAAUUGAGGGCAAGAUCAGGGGUUUCGAUGAGUUUAUGAACCUCGUUAUCGACGAUGCGGUGGAAGUCAAGCAGGCAACGAAGACCAGCGCGGAGAGUAGGAGAGAUUUGGGACAAAUACUGCUCAAGGGAGACAAUGUUUCAUUGAUCCAGAGCUUGAACGGUUGA